CAAAGAAGAAGAUGAUGAGAGGAGCAGCGCAUGCGCAGCGACGACAGCGGGACGGAUGUAGUGCUACUUUAGCUCACGUAGCACGAACAAUGGCCUGUAUAUUUUCUUAUUAACAAUCUGUGCCGCUUUUACCAACAGUACAGAACGUCCAGUGUAAUAUUAUAAUAAUAUAUUUCACUAAAUCCCAAACUGGCCACCUACGGCCCUGUGUAAAGGUUACGUUGCUUUGAAAUGGUCACGUCGGCAUUAGCCUUUAGCUCGGAGCGAUAGUUCAUUACUGACAGUACGAAGGAGAAUUAAUGAAAAGUAUCUGGCUUUAAGAGGACGUAAACAGCGUUAAUUAGCAACACACUGCAGUCAUGACUACUGGUGCUGAUGUGAGGGAUAUUCUGGAGCUGACGGGUGGGGACAAUGACGGUCCCAUCAGCAAGAAAGAUCUCAUCAACUCAGAUAAGAAAAAAUCCAAGAAGUCAACAGAAACACUGACCUUUAAAAGACCAGAGGGGAUGCACAGAGAGGUCUACGCUCUGCUCUACUCAGAUAAAAAAGAUGCACCCCCUUUGCUGCCAAGUGAUACCACUCAGGGCUACAGGACAGUCAAAGCCAAGCUGGGCUGUAAAAAAGUUCGUCCCUGGAAAUGGAUGCCCUUCACCAAUCCAGCUCGCAGGGAUGGAGCUGUUUUCCACCACUGGAGACGAGUGGCAGAGGAGGGCAAAGACUACCCUUUUGCCCGUUUCAAUAAGACAGUGCAGGUACCGGUUUAUUCGGAGCAGGAGUAUCAGAUGCAUCUGCAUGACGAUGGUUGGACUAAAGCAGAGACAGACCACCUGUUUGACCUGUGCAAACGCUUCGACCUGCGCUUCGUAGUUGUCCAUGAUCGCUACGAUUACCAGCAGUACAGAAAACGCUCAGUGGAGGACCUGAAGGAACGCUAUUAUAAUAUUUGUGGAAAGCUGACAAAGGUUCGAGCAGCAACAGGGACGGAGCCAAAGAUCUAUAUUUUUGAUGCUGGCCAUGAAAGACGUCGGAAAGAACAACUGGAAAAGCUGUUCAAUCGCACACCUGAACAAGUGGCAGAAGAGGAAUAUCUUAUUCAGGAGCUAAGGAAGAUUGAGACUAGAAAGAGGGAGCGGGAGAAGAAGGCCCAGGAUCUACAAAAGCUCAUUAAAGCAGCCGACACAACCACAGAGUUAAGGCGAGCGGAAAAGAGGGUUUCUAAGAAGAAGCUCCCACAAAAAAGAGAAACUGAAAAACCGGCCGUUCCAGAGACAGCAGGCAUCAAGUUCCCUGACUUCAAAUCAGCGGGAGUCACUCUGCGCAGUCAGAGGAUGAAACUGCCAAGCUCAGUUGGCCAGAAGAAGAUCAAGGCCAUUGAGCAGAUCCUGAUAGAACAAGGAGUGGAUCUGAACCCAAUGCCCACAGAAGAGAUUGUUCAGAUGUUCAAUGAGCUGCGUAGCGACCUCGUCCUGCUGUACGAGCUGAAGCAGGCCCACAGCAACUGUGAAUAUGAACAGCAGAUGCUGCGUCACCGUUAUGAGGCCUUACUGAAGACUGGCAGCGGGGGCGUGUGCGGAAUAACCCUAGGGGCCGGCCCAGCCUCUACAGGACAGGGUGGAGAACUCAACGCCGCCAACAGCAAUUCAGCAUCCACUCCAGUCGGUGAAUCUCAGUCCUGGCCCUGUGCCGAUGACAUCAAGGUGGAAGCUAAAGAGCAAAUUAUUGAUGUUGUUGGAGCGCCGCUUACCCCCAACUCACGCAAGCGGAGAGAGUCGGCAUCCAGCUCAUCUUCAGUAAAAAAGGUGAAGAAGCCUUAACGAGGACCGGAGCACUUGCUGUUAACACGGUGGAGGGCAGGGGAUUGUGUUUGUUACUCUGGUCACAGUGGAGCCCGUUGGACAAGAGGGAAACACGGGGAAGGAGGACACCAUAUCGCUCCAUUAAAGUAGAAUCACCACUGUCUACACACACAUGUAUACACACACAACUUUCCACCUACAACACCUCUCCCACCCAUCCCCAUCUGGUCCAGCCUGCAUCUUUGUGACAAAGGCAACAACUGAGUGACAUUUCAUUCCAUUACUGCACGUCUCCCUGCCUCCACCGUUGCUCAGCCUCAGAUGAGGUAAGAUCAACUGUAAAUUGCCAGGCUGAGCUAAUCGAGACGAGGAGGAAGGUGGGAAUGACGGGGUAAUUGAAAUGAAUUGGAAUGAAAGGAGAGACUCUGGGAGUGGGAGCACCUCAAGCCAAUGACUUUUUAUUUUGGUAGCCUAAUCAUGCCAUAGUGUUUACUGAAAAUGUGUUUUGGUGUUAGCCGUUAGUACCUGUGAAGCUCCAUCUCGACCUGGAGUGCUCCUUGCUCCCUCAUUGAUGUUCGCUCCGUCUGCGGCCUUCACUUUCUGUUGGACUGGUGGAGCUGACUUGUGUAUAUUUGUCCUCAGGUGGCCUUGAAGAUCCUUCAGUCAAUGAUUCAAUAAACCUCAGUGUUUUGUUUUUUUCAAUCCUG